AUGAAAUCUGUCUUUGUCUGCACUGGUGGCUCACCUACAAGAUUCAAACUCUAUGCUGAAUGGUUUUCUAAAGAGUGCAAGCUGGAGUGCAGUGAAAACCUCUCGAAAAGUGAUCGUUUUGUUAUAUACAAAACAGGAAAAGUAGUUUGGAUCAACCAUGGGAUGGGAACACCAUCGUUGAGCAUCAUGCUGGUGGAAACAUUGAAAUUGAUGUACCAUGCGAAGGCACAAGAUGUCAAGUUUAUCCGUAUUGGCACAUCUGGAGGUGUUGGUGUCGAGCCGGGCACAGUUGUCGUCAGCACGAAUGCGAUGAACGCUGAGUUGAAGGAUAAAUACGUUUUGUGGCUUAUCGAGCAUGAGACGUUUCUGGACGAAGAACUGCGAAAUGAACUCGUUGCAGUUGCUAAAGAGAAGAAACUUCCUGUAGAGGUCGGUUUGACAAUGUGUGCUGACGACUUCUACGAAGGUCAAAUGCGAUUGGACGGAUUUUUCUGCGAAUUUAAACCAGAGGACAAAAUGGAGUUCCUUAAGCAGAUUCACGAAAAAGGUGUAAGGAAUAUUGAAAUGGAGAGCACAUGCUUUUCGGCAAUGACGUAUCGAGCCGGUGUGAAAGCAGCGAUCGUAUGUGUGGCGUUGUUAAAUCGGAUGAAAGGUGAUCAAGUGAAAAUUGAGCACAACGUAUAUUUGGAAUACGAAGAACGACCAUUUCGUGUGGUGACUGCGCUGAUCCGGAAACAACUCGGAAUCUGA